CGCGAGCUUUGGAGGCCGGGAGCGGUGGGACUUGGGCGGGCUGAGAUUUGUGCUGGGAAGGUCGUCGGACUUGGAUCGGAGCAGCACUUAGGAGACGCGGUGCAGUCGACCUCAAACUGUGUUCCUGCCCUUAGCCAGGGCUGACUGAGCUCUGGGACAGAGGGACUGGGGGGAUCCAGAAGGAUGGCAGCCGAGAGGCUGUGUCGGUGACUGGCUGGCUGCAGAGCUGUCUCUGCCGAAAGCCUCUGCAGUCCUGCCCGAUUGGCCCUGCCCCGAUGAGCGCUGCCUUUGGCAUCUAGGAGUAGGCCUCUGGAUGAACAGAGCCAUCAUGGGGACGACAGCCCCAGGGCCCAUUCACCUGCUAGAGCUCUGUGACCAGAAGCUCAUGGAGUUUGUCUGCAACGUGGACAAUAAGGACAUGGUGUGGCUGGAGGAGAUCGAGGAGGAGGCCGAGCGCAUGUUCACCAGAGAAUUCAGCAAGGAGCCCGAGCUGAUGCCCAAAACACCUUCUCAGAAGAACCGACGGAAAAAGAGACGGAUUUCUUAUGUUCAGGAUGAAAACAGAGACCCCGUCCGGAGAAGCAGGUUGUCCCGUAGAAAGACGCGGAGCAGCCAUCAGAGCUUCCGGCGCCUCCGCAGCAAGGACAAGGUGGAGAAGCUGGCCACAGUGGUGGGGGAGAACGGCUCCGUCCUGCGGCGGGUGACCCGUGCUGCGGCCGCAGCGGCAGCAUCCUCCACGGCAGCCACGCCUUCGCCCACCCCUGAGUCUCCCCCGGUGCUGACCGAGAAGCCCAAGGAGAGCCCGGCCCAGUGCCAGCUGGUACCCAUGGUGGAGAUUGGCAUCAGCGAGCGCCGGAGCGCUGAGCAGCACCUCAGCCAGCUCCAGUCUGCCCAGGCUCCACCCCCUACCCCGGCUCCGGCCGCUGCUCUGGCCUCCCAGAUCACCUUGACCUCGGAGGAGGACUCUACACCCCAGAAGCCAGAGGCCGGGAGACUGGAGUCUGUCACCGUGAGCUCCUUGAUAACUACACCCCAGGACCUCAAGGGCCGAGGGGUUGGAGCAGGAAGGUCCGCCUCCAAGCUCAGGAUUGCCGCGACCUCCCCAGGCCCGCAGGACUCGCCCAGCUCUCCGGCCUCCCCGUGGCGGGAGCGGGUGCUGGCUCCCAUCCUGCCGGAUAACUUCUCCACACCCACGGGCUCCCGUGUGGACCGCAGGUCAGUGCGGCGCAGCCUGAUCGCCCCGUCCUCCCCGGGUCCCCAGGUCUCGCUGGCCCAGAAUUACUCCCUGGUUUCCAAAGAGGAGAGCGCCGUCCGAAGAUCAAGCAGAAGGAUUGCCAGGAAGGCCACCAAAGAGCCGGCCGCCUCCGCCCGCAUCAUCUGCCACAGUUACCUGGAGAGGCUCCUGAAUGUCGAGGUGCCUCAGAAAGUGAGCCCCACGGCGGAGGAGCCCAGCAAGGAAGCUGAGCCAGAGGAGGCAGCUGAGCCGGAGGUCCCCAAGAACAGUGGCAGCGCCUUGCAGCUCCGCAGUACCACCAAGAUCGCCAUUAGCACGCCCGGCUCGCAGCCUGCAGCCGGUGGCCAGGGAACGCCCUCUGAAGGGCGGCCGGAGGCCAAGACUGACCAAGCAGAUGGCCCCAAGGAGCCGCCUCAGAGUGUCAGGAGGAAGCGCAGCUACAAGCAGGCCGUGAGUGAGCUGGAUGAAGAACAGCAGCUGGAGGAUGAAGAGCUGCAGCCCCCCAGGAGCAAGACCCCUUCCCCGCCCUGUCCCGCCAGCAAGGUGGUGCGGCCCCUCCGGACCUUCCUGCACACCGUGCAGAGGAACCAGACGCUCAUGACCCCGACCUCGACCCCUCACAGCAGCGUGAAAUCCUUCAUGAAGCGCAACACUCCCCUGCGCGUGGACCCCAAGUGCAGCUUUGUCGGCUCAGGUGAGGGCACUCGUGACUCAGGCCCUUGGGAGGCCUUUGGGGUCGUCCUGGCCCAGCGCGGGGCUGCCCUCACUCCCCCACCGCCAUCCCCCCAGGCGAAGGAGCGGCAGCGCCUGGAGAACCUGCGGCGGAAGGAGGAGGCCGAGCAGCUCCGCAGGCAGAAGGUGGAGGAGGACAAGCGGCGCCGGCUGGAGGAGGUGAAGCUGAAGCGUGAGGAGCGCCUCCGUAAGGUGCUGCAGGCCCGGGAACGGGUGGAGCAGAUGAAGGAGGAGAAGAAGAAGCAGAUCGAGCAGAAGUUUGCUCAGAUCGACGAGAAGACGGAGAAGGCCAAGGAGGAGCGGCUGGCCGAGGAGAAGGCCAAGAAGAAGGCGGCGGCCAAGAAGAUGGGGGAGGUGGAGGCGCGCAGGAGGCAGGAGGACGAGGCGCGGAGGCUCAGGUGGCUACAGCAGGAGGAGGAGGAGAGGCGCCACCAGGAGCUGCUGCAGAGGAGGAGGGAGGAAGAGCAGGAGCGGCUGCGGAAGGCAGCCGAGGCCAAGAGGCUGGUGGAGCAGCGCGAGCUGGAGCGGCUGCAGGCCGAGAGGGAGCUGCAGGAGAGGGAGAAGGCCCUGCGGCUACAGAAGGAGCGGCUGCAGAGGGAGCUGGAGGAGAAGAAGAAAAAGGAAGAACAGCAGCGCCUGGCUGAGCAGCGGCUGCAGGAGGAGCAGGAGAAGAAAGCCAGGGAGGCCGCGGCGGCCAGCAAAAGCCUGAACGUGACCGUGGACGUGCAGUCUCCAGCUUGUACCUCGUAUCAAAUGACCCCACAGGGACACAGGGCGCCCCCCAAGAUCAACCCGGAUAACUACGGGAUGGAUCUGAACAGCGAUGACUCCACCGAUGACGAGGCCCAUCCCCGGAAGCCCAUCCCCAACUGGGCCAGAGGCACCCAGCUUAGCCAGGCCAUCAUCCACCAGUACUACCACCCCCCGAACCUUCUGGAACUCUUCGGAACCAUUCUGCCACUGGACUUGGAGGACAUCUUCAAGAAGAGCAAGCCCCGCUACCAUAAGCGCACCAGCUCUGCCGUGUGGAACUCGCCGCCCCUGCAGGGCCCCAGGGUCCCUGGCAGCCUGGCCUACAGCCUGAAGAAGCACUGAGCCAGGCCCUCGGGCCUGCUGGGCAGCCUCAGCCUUCAUCUGUGUCUGUAUGUCUGUGUCUCUGUUGGUCUGGUGCCGUCCUGCCUCGUAUCCUGUCGCUGAGGGUUCGGUCAAGUGUAUAUAGACGUCCUCUGUGGGCUACGGGGGAAGGCGGCUCGGGCCUGUUGGGAGGCCAAGCUUGUUGGGUGUUCGGGGAAGACCCAGGGCCAGCCUUGCCUGGUCUGCUGACAGCACUCUGUAAAUAGAUUGUUAGAGUUCAACUGAAUUUUAGCCUCUAGUGUUUGAGAGCUAGAUUAAUAAAGUCUGUUCCUUCAUGCCUGCUGUGAGUAUCAUGAAGACUGCGCUCCUCUGCAGAAAGCCCCGGACCCUGGCCCCGUCUCGGGCCGCUGGAUGGGCUGGAGGAAUAGGACCUGCUUUUUCUCCUGGGAUGUGUGUCAAGGCCACCUGGGUCCCACCCCCAGAGAUGCCGACGGAGUGGGUGAUUCUGAUACCACCCUGGACAACCCUGAGAAACACUUCAGUUACUUUCAUGUUGGGGCAGGUGACGCUACUUCCCGUUUUUCUGGGGAGCGCCCUGCCUGUAGAGGGGGGCUCAUUCAGUAGGUAAGACCUGGAGUUGAGGUCAGGGGAACUGGGCUCUUGACACAGCUCUGCCGCUUAAGAGAGGCCCUCAGCCCCUCCACGCCUCAGGCUCCACCCACCCUUGCUGCACGGAUGGUGAAAGGACUUGAGAACGUGGACGUGCUGCUGAAGCAGGAGAUCUGGGUUAGGAAGGGGCCGUCUCUUGAAACUCCCUCGGGACCAGUACGUGCAAGUAGUUGAGAUGUUUCUCCAGCAAAUCCAGGCAGCUGCUAAUUCAAUGCUUAGUGUCCCUGGAAGCUGGCCCUGCCCCAUCGCUGCCAACCAUGUUCUAAACGUGCCACAGCUUCAUCAUCUCCUACUCCAGCCCCUGGAAUGGGGGUUGGUGAAUUGGGGCCUAUGGGCCAAAUCAAGUUGCAGUCCAUUUUUGUAAAGUUUCAUUGGAACCCGCCCAGUAGAAAUGAAUGCCUGUUGUCUCCGGCUACUCCGCUGAGGGCAGAGUUAAGUAGUUACAACAGAGGCCUUAUGGAUCGCAAAGCUGAGAAUAUUUACUAUGAACCUUUACAGAAGAUGUUUGCUGACCCUGCUUUAGGACAAAAUCAAGGCUGAAUAUAAGAGAGCUUUUUAAAAUGAGUAAAGAGUGAAUGCACACAACAGAAUGAAAUCUAGAAGAUUCCACCACGCAAAGAAAAACACUUUACAGUUCAUUCAAAUACGGUGCGAAUUUAAAUUUGUUCCAUAUGUUCUCUGAUGAGAAACUGUUGUGUUGAGUCAACUGGUGAAUGUGUCUUUGCCUGAAACCACAAUGUCAAAAUAUUACCUCUUAUAAAAGCAUAUUUACAUAG